CCGCCUCCCGACGGAGGCAGGAGGUUCCGCGGCGGAGCUGCUGAGCUCCAAGUCUUCCGAAAACUUGUGCGCAGCGGUGGCCUCGGCGCGACGGCCGAGGAUGGGGUGGUGCGGCCGCGGCUCUGGGCCGCCGCCGUCGCGGCUGCUGAUGCUGCUGUCGCUGCUGCUGGCGGUGCGUGGCGCUGGCGCGGCCCCGCGCUCGGCGCUCUACUCGUCCUCCGACCCGCUGACGCUGCUGCAGGCGGACACGUUGCGCCGCACGGUGCUGGGCUCCCGCAGCGCCUGGGCGGUGGAGUUCUUCGCCUCCUGGUGUGGCCACUGCAUCGCCUUCGCCCCGACGUGGAAGGCACUGGCCAACGACGUUAAAGAUUGGAGGCCGGCGCUGAAUCUCGCUGCCCUGGACUGUGCUGAAGAGACCAACAGCGCAGUUUGCAGAGACUUCAACAUCCCUGGCUUUCCGACCGUUAGGUUCUUUAAGGCCUUCUCCAAGACCGGCUCAGGAACCACGCUCUCAGUGGCCGGAGCUGAUGUGCAGACGCUUCGGGAGAGGCUCAUCGAUGCCCUGGAGUCCCACAGUGACACGUGGCCCCCGGCCUGUCCCCCGCUGGAGCCUGCCAGGCUGGAGGAGAUUACUGGAUUCUUUUCAAGAAACGAUGAAGAGUACCUGGCCCUGAUCUUUGAAAAGGAAGGCUCCUACCUGGGUAGAGAGGUGACGCUGGACCUGUCGCAGCACCAGGGCAUAGCGGUGCGCAGGGUCCUGAACACGGAGCGUGACGUGGUGAACAAGUUUGGUGUCACCAACUUCCCGUCUUGCUACCUGCUGUCUCGGAACGGCUCCUUCUCCAGGGUGCCUGCGCUUACAGAAUCCAGAUCUUUCUAUACCACAUACCUGCGGAAGUUUUCCGGGACCACCAGGGGGGCUGUCCAGACCACAGCUGCGCCAGCCACCACCAGCGCCGUAGCUCCCACCGUGUGGAAGGUUGCAGAUCGCUCCAAGAUCUACACGGCUGACCUGGAAUCAGCGCUGCACUACAUCCUCCGGAUAGAAGUGGGCAAGUUCUCCGUCCUGGAGGGGCAGCGCCUGGUGGCCCUGAAAAAGUUCAUGGCAGUGCUGGCCCAGUACUUCCGUGGCCGGCCCUUAGUCCAGAACUUCCUGCACUCCAUGAACGACUGGCUCAAGAAGCAGCAGAGAAAGAAAAUUCCCUACGGUUUCUUUAAAAAUGCGCUGGACAGCAGGAAGGAGGGCACUGUGAUCGCGGAGAAGGUGAACUGGGUGGGCUGCCAGGGGAGUGAGCCGCAUUUCCGGGGCUUUCCCUGCUCCCUGUGGAUCCUGUUCCACUUCCUGACCGUGCAGGCAGCUCAGGAAGGUGUAGACCAUUCUCAGGAAAGAGCCAAGGCCCAGGAGGUCCUCCAAGCCAUCCGGGGCUACGUCCGCUUCUUCUUCGGCUGCCGAGAGUGCGCUGGCCACUUUGAGCAGAUGGCCUCUCGCUCCAUGCACCGGGUGGGGAGUCUGAACAGCGCCGUCCUUUGGUUCUGGUCCAGCCACAACAAGGUCAAUGCUCGCCUUGCAGGCGCCCCCAGCGAGGACCCCCAGUUCCCCAAGGUGCAGUGGCCGCCCCGUGAGCUCUGUUCUGCCUGCCACAAUGAACUCCGGGGUGCGCCUGUUUGGGACCUGGACAACAUCCUCAACUUCUUGAAGACCCACUUCUCCCCAAGCAACACCGUCCUAGACCUUCCUUCAGCUGGGCCAGGCCCCCGGAGGGGUGCAGAGAGGAUGGCAGUCAUCCCAAAACAGCUUAUUUGAAGUCCUGCCUCAUUCUCCCCGAAGCUUCAGUGUUUCCCGCUUGGUGUUGGCCCUAAACUGGGGCCAAUGAGGCUGCAGUGUCCAAGGUUUCCCCUCUCCAGAGGAGGGGCCCCGGGACUGGAGUGGACCCCCUCCCUGCUUCCCAGGACUCCGUCCGUCCUGCUGCAAAGAGCCCUUUGCGCCAGAGAAGGAAGGACUGCCUGUGGCCCUCUGUGCUUGCCCGUCCUCCAGCCCCUCAGACCCUCCCCCCCGGCCCCCGGGUGGGGUUUGGCUUUGGAAGCUUCUGGAAAUCCUGUUGUUCUCCCAGGUGAGGUCUUUGGGAGGAGUGCCUCUGGCUGGCUCCCUUGCCAAACCUCGGGUGCAGGAGGAACACAGGCUGGAGCCGAUGUGUGACGGUACUGGGCUGGGGUGUGGGGUUUACGGAGGGCUAUCUGGGUCUCUAGUGCCUUAGCUGUGAGAGGGCCAGUGAAGCCUUUGCUCUGAAUGUGCUUCCCGCGUCGGGCUCAACCCAUCUCUCCGAUCUGGGUCUUCUGUCUUUUGAUUUUAGUCUCCAAAAUAGAUGCUAAUCUAUGACUGAGGGGCGGGAGCUGAAGCGACCGCAGGCUCGAUUCCCACUCCCCUCCACUGUUAGCGGGGGCUGUGGAAUAAAUUAUUUUGUUAAGGCAA